AUGAUGCUGGAUGAGGAUUGGGAAAGCGCCAUGGGAGAGCUAGAGGUCGCUGCCGUCUCCUGCGAGGGCUUCUUGCCGCCCCAAGCCAUGCAAGGCCUUGUGGACUUGUUCGCCUACGAGGAACCCAUCCCCAGCUGCGAGUGGAAAGCCGGGAGCCGAUCGCUGAGACGCUUGUCGCGGAACUUGGAGAAUGUGAUCUCCCGGCUGGGUGAGGGCGAGGUGGUGAAUUCCUUGCUGCGCGCGGCGGAAGCCUUUCGGGAUGCUGGGCAGCUUUUUACCGGAAGCUUUAAGAUGCCCCCAGACCCACGGAUCUACCGCGGACCGCGGGGGCAAACGCCACGAGACUUCUAUGGCAGCUUCUACCAGCCGCCUGAGCCUCAAUAUGUGGAGGACGCUCCACCCGGCAGCCCCGCUGGGCAGCUCCUGCAGUCGGUGGCGGCGGAGUUGGAGGCAGAGACCACGUCCGAGGGCCGGCGCUUGCUGCUGCGGCGCCUGGUGCGGAAGCUGCAUCCGGAUCAGAACCGUGGGAAGGACGGAGGGAACCGUGGGAAGGACGGAGCUGAAGUUGGAGGUUUGAUGCUCACCGAGAUAGAUAAGCUCACCCAGGUGGAGGGUGGAAAGAAGGUGGAAGAGCAAAGUGACGAGAAAGACAUGGGCAUGUCUUACGAUGAGCUCGGCGAUUUGGGACAUCUCCGGAAGGUGGAGAAGUGCGGGCCCCUCUCCACCUUCCUGAAGCUGCGACAACUUUGGUCCCACAAGACGGCCGACUGGACAGGGCCGCAGGACAACGACAAGGCCAUCACCCCGUCGAUCCGUGUGAAGGUUCAGCCUCAAAGCUUUGAUGAGAAGGUAGCGCAGAAGGUGAAGGACUUCUACUUCUACAAUGCCAUCAAUCGACACAAGAUGACCACCUUGACGCCCUCCUACCAUGCGGAGAACUACUCCCCGGACGACAACCGCUUUGAUCUGAGACCUUUCCUUUUCCCAGCAGCUUUUGAAGCGCAAUUCGAAGCGAUCGAUGAAGUGGUGAAAGCAUGUAAAGGAUCCUAG